AUGGAAAGCCAUGACCAACAACAAGCACUGGAGGAAGGAGUCACUGAGGAUGUGAGCGCAAGACCCAUGCAUGCACCAAAUAAUGAAGCAACAACCACAGAAUCCCAUGUUGUGUCCACACUAGCUACGCCUACAGAUGCUGCAUCUCAAGAAGAAGAAACGAAAGACACAUUCGAAAAAGACUGCUUUCUUCCGAUAUCCACACCUGGACCAGAGCGAUUCACAAAUUGGUUGGCACAGGGCGACGACACUUGGGGAGUCGACGCCUCAGGUGACAGGGAUGAUGAUAACAACAAUAAUAAUACCAUUGUGGACUCAUUUAUGGGGGUGGAUCAGAAAUUGCGGGGACAAGUGAGGCGACUGCGCCGUCAUCAUCAGACUGUUCUUGAAGGCAACAACACUACAUGUAAUACCAAUAAGUAUGCCUCUCGGAGUUACAAGAGCCACGAGUCUCCCGUGUGGCAUCACUUUACACAGAAAACGCGGGCCAAACCGAGUCGGUUGCGACGAUUUUUGGCGUGUGGCAAGGGCGCCUACAUCUCGGCAGUGCGGGAUGCGAGGCUCAUGAUGAGAGUCAUGAUUGCUGCCAUUGGCAUUCUCAUGUCGGUGGUGGGCUUUGGUAUCCUUCGAUCCUCCGAGAAGUUACUGGAAUGGAAACUCGACAAAUCCACCGAAUUGCUGGAGGAGGAAAACAAUAACAAAUAUUCAUCCUUUGGGUUCUUUAUUGGCAUGAAUAUCUUGUUUGGCUUCCUGGCAGCGCUACCGGUCUUGUUUCGACCUUUGAGUGCUGGCAGUGGCAUUGCCGAAGCCAAGGCAGUUUUGAAUGGCAUUAUCUUACCUGGAUGCACGGACUUGACCACGGCGGCGUGCAAAGGUUUCAGUGUCAUCUUUGCACAAGCGGCAUCCCUGCCGAUUGGAAUGGAAGGACCAUUGAUUUUUAUUGGGCUCGCACUUGGAGACAAUGCCGACAAAUACCUGCCCAUCCAAAGCAACCGUUUUGCACCAGCCUCCGAAGUUUGCAAGGUGGAACGAUAUCGAAAGGACUUGCAGGCGAUUGGAACGGCAUGCGGUGUCACCAGUGCCUUUGGAACUCCCAUUGGUGCCGUCCUGUUUGCACUGGAAGAGGCAUGUUCCUAUUGGAGCCUCGAUCUGACAUGGCACACAUUCACUGCCGCCUGUGUGACAGCCACGUUUUCCUACAUGUGGAACAUAAUUGCCAACCAAGCCAUUGGAGAUUUCAUGGCGGACUAUGUGACUUCCAAGUUCCAAGGUCUUCCCAUGGAGAAUGGAAUGUCCUCGGCUUCCAGCAUUUGGAUCAGUUUUCGUUUGCUCGAUUACUUUAUCUUUGCGGGCAUGGGAAUUGCCGGUGGAGCUGUGGGUGCAGUGUGGUGUGAACUGAAUCGAGCCCUGGCCAUUCAACGUACCAAGUGGAAACUUGGCAGAGUUGCCAAGUGCAUCGAGGUUCUCUCCCUGGUGGCCAUUGCAUCUUGUAUCUUUUGGUGGUUGCCACAAAUUUACAAAGUUUGCAGCCCUUUCGAAAGUGAGAAUGGCAACAAUACGCACCAAUCGAACAUUGCUGCCAAACCAGAGUAUUACCAUCAAGCCCUGUGUCCAGAUGGCCAAUACAAUGAGCUGGCCACACUGUUUUGGAACCCAGUCGGAGGAACCGGGAUUAACCUGCUGUUCUGGGAGCCAUCGACUGCCUUUUCGGCAUCCUCGUGCGUCAUUGCUGGGUCUGUGUUCCUCGUCCUUUUGCUGCUCUUUUUUGGCAGCUCCAUUGGGAUGGGCAUUUUUAUCCCUCUCUUGUUCGUUGGUGGCUGCUAUGGACGUGCUUUUGCCCUGGCAAUCGAUGGGGCCCCGGUGAACACCUGCACAAUUGUGGGGUCUGUCGCCAUGCUGGCAGGAGUCGCGCGGGUGUUCAUUUCCUUGAGUGUAAUCAUGCUCACAGCCACGGGUCAGCCUCAUUUGGUCACUCCCUUUAUGACGGCCACCAUCUUUGCUCGUUUGACAGGCAAAGUUGUGUUUGACCGGGCCGGCAUCUAUGAUAUCAUCCUCGAGUUAAGGAGAAUUCCCUUCCUGGAAGAAUUGCCAUUCAAACGGAUUCUCUAUAGAGGUCUCAAAGCUCGGGACAUCAUGUCUCCUCUGUCGGUAACGCUGGAACCGGAACCAAACGUAGGCAGCUUGAUCGAGUCACUGAAGCAGUGCGUAUCCUUGGACAUUCCGGUGGUUGAUCCAAACCGAGGUGGUGUCCUGCUUGGGACCAUUUCUCUUCCCACCGUACUACGCGUUCUGAGCGAAAAGGAUCUUUUCUAUGAACGAGGCAACAAUCUUCACAGGGCUCUGAGCUUUGAGAAUCUAGAAGAGCGAGCGGGCGACCAACUCACCCUCGAGCUGGUUGAAAAACAACUUACGAAUGAGGACCGAGAUUUGGUUGUGGAUCUAUCGCCGUACAUAAGCUAUGCAUGCAGCACGUUGCACCUCCUUGCCAGUGCUGAGAGGGUCUACACGAUCUUUCGAACUCUGGGGCUUAGAACAAUGGUGAUCACUAAUCUAUCGGGCAAGCCUGUGGGUACGGUCUCUCGAUACGAACUCUAUGCCCUCGAGGAAUUGGGCCCGGACGAAGAGGAAGGAAUGACAACAACAGAACCCAUGGAGGGAGCUACCAGCUACUACAAACACAAAAUGUUCGCACAACGAGACAUUAUGAUGGUCCAUGUCGGCGAGGCGAGUGGGAUUUCACGGCGACAAGAUGUCGCCGCCGACUGUGUCAUGAUGAAGUUUUUCUCUUUACACUCCGCAAUCCCGUUCGAUCGCAUUGUCAGUGCCUUUCGACACAUUACAGCCGAGGCCAGCAGGAUCAGCGACACGAAUGCCAGGCGGUCGCCGAGGCACACAUGCAACAACAAGGCAUCCCCACGGGUUGUCUCCCACAUUCACUACAACUACCAAUACUACGCUGCUCGCACUCUUGACAAGUAUCCCGACAAGGCAGUUUUGGCGGCGCGAACCAAACACGAACUAGCUAUGGAGGACAUGAUGGCAUUGGAUCAACAAUUACUCGGAGGAACUGGCAACUUUUGUUACACGAAACCAUUUCGUCAUGGCAGUCACAACUAUCAUCCAUCGCUUUUGUCCACGGAAGGUUAUCACAAACUUUGCUGUGAACUGGAAGAUUGGGUGGAAAUCUAUCUCGAUAUCUUGAGGCAAGCGGUGAAUCUCAAUGCCUCGGCCAAGCAAGAGACGCAAGACAGCUUGAGAACCAAGUGUGGACUUACCACCACAGUAACGUGGGUCGAGUGGAGAAUGCAGUGUCUGCGAAGAAUCGAUCUGUUGGAACCGAAUCCAAAGUAG